AUGUUCAUAAAUGCUCCAGCACUUAAAAGGCAAGAGAACUCAUUCAAAAUCAUUCACAACAAAACAGAAUACUCAGUAGAUCCAAUUAAAAUGGCCGAAAACUCAAAAUUUUUUGCAGAAAAAUUACUUAUGAGUAAAGAUAACAAAUUUGAAAUCAAUGAUAUGCAUUCAGAGACUGCAUUUGAUACAUUCAUUAAGAUGUGCAAUUACCAAGACGCAAAUUUCAAUUUUGAAGACAAUAUUGAACUUCAAUCCAUCAUUGAUGAAUGGAAAUGCGAUAAAAUACGCACACAUCUCUCACACAUUAUAGUUGACAAUCCACAUUUCUAUGCAAAAGAGGAUCCUUUUGUAGAAAGACCACAUGAUCAAAGUAAAGAGCAAAUCUCAAUGAAAAAGGUCGAAAAACCACCAGAACCACAACCAAAAACACCAGAAACACCUAAAAAGAAAGUUGAAUCUGCCAGUAUUACUCCAAUUCAAUUCAAACUUCCAAAUACAAAGAAUAUUGAGAAAGCAUUACCAGCAACACCAAAUGCUAAGGUAGAUCAACCACCAGUAUCACAAUCAAUCAAACUUCACAUAAAAACAAGAACAGGAAAUUUAUACUCAAUUUCGAUAAAUUUAAGCGAUACAGUGGAAAAAUUAAAGAGAAACCUUGUUCAAAGAACAGGAAUACCCAUAAACCAACAGCUUCUUUAUUUCAAAUCCGAUAUUUUGAAGAAUGAUUCCACAAUUUCUUCUUUAAAGCUCGAAAACAGAUCAAGAGUAUACCUUGAGAGAUUAGAUGAGACUCUUAAAGGUGAUGAAAUCACAAUUAUUGUCCAGCAUCAAUCUUGUAGCGAUGUUCCUUAUUAUAUCUCCGGUUCUAGAAAAGUUGAUGAUCUUUUAACACAAAUCAGAUUCAAAGAAAGCAGAAAUCCACCAUUUGAUGUCAUGUUUAAUGGAAAAGUCUUAAAUCCUCAAAAUACAAUUUCAAGCUACGGAAUAACAGACCACAGUUCCGUUCUCCUUGUUUUUAGAAAGUAG